UCCGGUGACGUCAUCAAAUCGGAAGUAUCUGCUGCACAAUUGCUGUUGAUAUUACGCACUCGUAUCUCUGCAGGGACUCAAUUAUUAUUAUUUUUUUAUAAACGUUGGUGUUGUAAAUUCAGGAGCCCCUCAGUAGUCGUACCAUACCGUUAACGUGUGUUUAAUUCCCCGCUUUGCCGUCUGUUUAUUGGCCGCUGACUGCCGCUAACUGUGCUGCUCAGCUAGCUUUGGGGGCUAACCUUUAAUGGAGGAAGUUAGCUAAUCAGUAAGCCAUGGAGAGCAAAUUUAAGCCCAGCUAAUAGAAUUAAAUAGUUCACUUUCCAGGCACGGCUUUAUUGCAGCUAGCUGCUUGAGACAACACUGAAAAAAAGCAGAUGUCAGUAGAGCUGGAUGUGUUCGUGGGUAACACCACUAUCAUGGAUGAGGAGGUUUACCAGCUGUGGUUGGAUGGAUACACAGUGAACGAUGCGGUGAAGGUACGCAUGGAGGGAGGAGUGAUGGCCGAGUGUGAGGCAAGUAAAGAUGUCCUGCUGAGUGACACCAUGGACCAGUACAGGACUUUCCAGAUGUGUGAGCGACUCCUGCACAGUCCUGCCAAACUAGCCAACCAGUUGCUGUUCCAGAUCCCACCUCAUCGGCAAAUUAUGCUCAUAGAGAGAUACUAUGCCUUUGAUGAUGCAUUUGUCCGUGAGGUCCUGGGAAAGAAGCUCUCCAAAGGAACAAAGAAAGACUUGGACGAUAUCAGUGCCAAGACAGGUGUGACACUAAAAAGCUGCAGACGACAGUUCGACAACUUCAAACGUGUUUUCAAAGUUGUGGAAGAGCUGAAGGGACCCCUGGUGGAGAACAUACGUCAGCAUUUUCUUCUCUCUGACAAACUUGCAAGGGAUUACGCUGCCAUCGUUUUCUUUGCCAGCAAUCGCUUUGAGACAGGGAAAAGAAAGCUGCAGUACCUCACUUUCCAGGACUUUGCUUUCUGUGCCGGACAGCUUAUCAACAACUGGACAGUUGGGGCUGUUGACAGCUUGGUGGAAGACAUGGAUGUCGAUCUUGACAAAGAGUUUUUACAAGAACUGAAAGAACUGAAAAUUUUAAUCACUGACAAAGAUCUGCUGGAUCAACACAAAAGUUUGGUCUGUACAGCUCUCAGAGGAAAGACGAAAGUGUUUGUUGAGAUGGAGGCUAAUUUCAAGAAUCUUUCUAGAGGCCUCAUCAACAUAGCUGCAAAGCUAACCAACACAAAAGAUGUCAGAGAUUUCUUUAUUGAUCUCGUAGAGAAGUUUAUUGAACCGUGCCGUUCAGAUCGGUGGACAUCUGCGGACAUGAAACUCUACCUCACUCAGUACACCAACUCUGUUCACAUACUCGACACAUUCAAACAUCAGGUUGUGUGGGACAGAUACAUGGGCGUCGUCAAAAGCUGUAUCUUCAAAAUGUAUCACGACUGAAGCGUUGCCUUGGCGGUUCACUUCUCCCUGCUCCCCUCUUCAGUUUGUUUCCCCCCACUGAAGGCAUUACUUUGUUCCUUCAGUUGUGCUUUCUUUGCUUGCUCCGUCAGCGGAGAUACAGUUUUCCCGUUGUCGCUGUCUGUCUGUGUCACCCCCUAGUGUCUGCCAGACUGUCUGUAAAUUUGGUUUGUAAAUA